AUGGGGAAGGUCACCAAUUGCACCUCUCCUCCUCCUCCUCCUCCUCCUCCUCCUCCUUCUUCUUCUUCUUCAUACUUGAUCCCAAUCCUUUGUUCAGCUUUCCUCCUUCUUCUUCUCUACCUCUCCACCUUAACUUCACCAAUAAUCAACUCCCUAAUCCCAUUUCCUUCCUCCAACCAAACUCUCACCAACAAUAACCAUACUACAUCACAAACGAAGAAGAAGAAGAAGAAGAGGAGGAUUAGUAAUGGGUUGGAGAGGAUCGAAGCCGGAUUAGCGGCGGCUAGGGAGGCGAUUAAGGAAGCGAUUAGGAGCAAGAAUCACACGUCGGAUAGAGACGAGGCGUUCGUCCCGAGAGGCAGCAUUUACAGAAACGCUUAUGGGUUUCACCAGAGCCACAUCGAGAUGGUGAAGCGAUUCAAGAUCUGGACCUACAAGGAAGGCGAAAGGCCCCUGGUCCACGCCGGGCCCAUGAAGAACAUCUACUCCAUCGAGGGCCAGUUCAUCGACGAGAUCGAGACACCAAAAAGCCCAUUCUCGGCCCAAACCCCCGACCAGGCCCACGCAUUCUUCCUCCCCGUCAGUAUCGCCCAAAUCAUCACCUACAUCUACAAACCUUUUACCACCUACGACCGCGACAGGCUGGUCCGGAUAUUUCGGGACUACGUCCACGUGGCGGCGGCGAAGCACCCUUACUGGAACCGGAGCUCCGGCGCCGACCAUUUUAUGUUGUCGUGUCACGAUUGGGCGCCGGAGCUGCCGCGGUACGACCCGGAGCUGUACGAGAACGUGAUACGGGUGCUGUGCAAUGCCAACAGGUCCGAAGGGUUUCAUCCGGUUAGGGAUGUGACGAUGCCGGAGCUCAACACUCCGCCGGACAGGCUCACGCCGGAGGUUCGGGACUGUUCGUCGCCAGGGAGACGGAAGACGCUCGCCUUCUUCGCCGGCGGGUCGCAUGGGUACAUUCGUAAGGUGCUGCUCGACCACUGGAAGGACAAGAACGACGCAGAUAUUAGGGUUCAUGAGUACUUGAACAAGGGCCAGGACUACAUGAAGCUGAUGGGACAGAGUAAGUUCUGCCUGUGCCCUAGCGGGUACGAGGUGGCGAGCCCGAGGCUGGUGGAGGCCAUGUUCGCCGGCUGCGUUCCGGUGAUCCUCUCGGUGAACUACAGCCUGCCGUUCGAUGAGGUUUUGGAUUGGACAAAGUUCUCGGUCGAGAUUCCGGUGGAGAAGAUCCCCGAGAUCAAGACCAUAUUGGGGAAUGUCUCGGAGGAGAGGUACUUGGAGUUGCAGAGGAAUGUGGUGGAGGUGAGGCGGCAUUUCGAGCUGAACCGGCCGGCAAAGCCGUUUGAUGUGUUGCACAUGGUUCUUCAUUCUAUUUGGCUUAGGAGACUUAAUGUUAGGCUUUCUAGUUAGUGAUUGACACUUUGACAUGUGACAUGUGACUUGGACAAGUUUUGGGUCACUCUUACACACAUAUAGGAGGAAACACAUUUGAAUAUAGAGAAGUUCAGGUUUUGUGAUUGUAAACUUAAUUACUUUUUGCAUUACCUAGAACUAUAUAUUUAGAGAUACAAUUUCAUUGUUGAAAGUAUGAAGACGAGCAACUUCAAGAUGAUUUUUUGUGUGUUUUGGAG